AUGGAUUAUUGUAGAACGUAUCGUGCCAUCACUAGUGCUUACUAUAGAGAAGCCGUUGGUGCUCUACUUGUUUAUGAUGUCAUUCGACAUGCUAUAUUCGCAAAUGUUGAGAGGUGGUUGAAGGAAUUGAGGGAGUCCCUAUAUUUCAUGGAGACUUCUACACUGCAAGCAACCAAUGUGGAAAAUGCAUUUAUAGAAGCACUUAGUCAGAUAUACCGCAUUGUGAGUAAGAGACCCGUUGAGGCCGGUGAUGGUGGCGCGGCUUCGUUUGUUCAGGCUAAAGGACAGACAAUGUCAAAGAUGACGUGUCUGCUUGGAAGAGAAUUGGAUGCUGUUCGAGCUGGGGUUUGCUAA